AUGACAACGAUAGCCGCUGUCAUCCUAGCAUACUUCUUCGAUGGCGUCGACGGAGAUCCUCUCAACGAACUAGACCACAAAGUGAUUGAUUAUGUAGGCUGGAAUAAGAGACGCAACAAGCCUGGACGCAACAAAUUCGAAGACGAGCGCGAGCAUCAGUGUCGUCGACAAAGACGUGCAAAGGCGUUUUCGCAAUUCAUUCUCGCGCUCAGCGAUCAGCAACUCGUCACCGGCCUGGCAUUGCUCGUUGCCGCUAUCUCGGGUAGGGCGACCUUGUCCCAAUUCGAGUUCUCCGUGGCGCACAGUCUCGCCUGGUUCUCUUCCACUACUCACCUGGCUACCCUCGACAUCCUCAGACAGACGCUCAAGUGUCAGAAUCAAUGGGUCCUCCAUCUACGAACAUGGACGUAA